AUGACGGUUAUGGCCACCAAGUUCACGCCAGAGGUCCUCCUCUCUGCCCCACGCCGCUCCGCAGCCGUCCCAAACGGUUCCGGGACGCUGGCUCUCUUCACAGUCUCGACAUAUUCCUUCGAGUCGCACUCGCGCACCGCCGCCAUCAAGGUCCUCGACAUCAAGACGGGCAACUCCACCACACUGUACGAAGACCAAGCGUACUCGGAACCAACAUGGCUGUCCGACAGCCAGUUCUUGCUCGUCAAGAGCGGCGACAAGGGGUCCUCGCACCUCUUGGUGGCCGAUGCCACCCAGCCGGGCUCUGAGUACGUUGGCUCCCAAUCCAUACCGCCUCGACAGAUCAAGACGUUCGAUGGCUCGAUAUCGAACCUCAAAGUCACCCCGCUGAGUGACGACACUGUGGCGCUUGUCGUAUCCGCGCCGACAACGCCCUCUGGCGAGCUUCACAACCCGUCCCGGGAGCCCAAGUCCUACACUACCGGCAAGGCGUACAGCGACCUCUUCGUACGGCACUGGGACACAUACUCGACCAAGAACAAGCCGUCGCUAUGGUACGGUGCUCUGAAGAAGGCGUCGCGGGACAUGUGGAACUUUGCAUCGCCUAACGGCGGCCUGGUCAACGCGCUCAAGGGCACGAAGCUGGUGAGCCCCGUGGGGCCGUUCGGGGGCACGGGAGACUUCGACAUCAGCAAGGGGGGCCUGGUGUUCGUCGCUAGCGAUCCGGAGCUGAACCCGGCCAUCUACACCAAGACGGACGUGUACUACGUGCCAUUGAAGACCUUCACCGAGGAGAAGCCGCCGGCGCCGCAGCAGGUCAAGACGGGCCACCUGCAGGGCUACAGCGGGUCGCCCGUCUUCUCACACUCGGGCCAGAGCGUCGCCUUCAAGCGCAUGCGCCACCGGCAGUACGAGAGCGACAAGUGGCGGCUGAUGCUCAUCCCGGACGUCGCGGACCUGGCCAACGUCCAGGAGUUCUACAAGACGGACGACGGCGAGGGCGCCUGGGACCAGCGGCCCGAGACCGUCGUGUGGAGCCACGACGACAAGGAGCUCUUCGUCACGGCCGAGGACAAGGCCCGCACCCUGCUGUACCGUCUGCCCUCGACGCCGCUCGAGGCCACCAAACUCCCCGAGCCCGUCGCCACGGGCCACGGCAGCGUUGGCGACGUCUUCAACCUCUCGCCGCGGUCCAACCAGCUGCUGGCCACGUCCAGCUCCCUCGUCGACAGCAGCACGUACAGCGUCGUCGACCCGGACGCCAACUCGGCGGUCACCCUCUCGUCGGCCUCCAAGGCCGGCAAGACGUUCGGCCUCUCCGAGUCGCAGGUCUCGUCCAUCUGGUUCCAGGGCGCCGGCGACUACCAGGUGCACGCGCUGGUCAUGAAGCCGUCGGGCUUCGACCCGGCCAAGAAGUACCCGCUGGCCUUCCUGAUCCACGGCGGGCCGCAGGGCGCCUGGGGCGAGUCGUGGUCGACGCGCUGGAACCCGGCCGUCUUCGCGGAGCAGGGCUACGUGGUCGUGGCGGCCAACCCGACGGGGUCGACGGGCUACGGCCAGGCCUUCACCGACGCCAUCGCGACGCAGUGGGGCGGGCGGCCGUACGAGGACCUGGUGCGGUGCUUCGAGCACCUCGAGUCGUCGGUGCCCUACGUCGACACGGACCGCGCCGUCGCGCUCGGCGCGUCGUACGGCGGCUACAUGGUCAACUGGAUCCAGGGCCACGCGCUGGGCCGGCGCUUCAAGGCCCUCGUGUGCCACGACGGCCUCUUCAGCACCAUGGGCAGCUGGAGCACCGAGGAGCUCUUCUUCACCAUCCACGACAUGGGCGGCACGCUGUGGGGCAACCGCGCCGGCUACGAGCGCUGGGACCCGGCCGCCUUCACCGGCGAGUGGGCCACCCCGAUGCUCAUCGUCCACUCCGAGCUCGACUACCGCCUGCCCGUGACCGAGGGCCUGGCCGCCUUCAACGUGCUGCAGGCCCGCGGCGUCGACAGCCGCAUCCUGAUCUUCCCCGACGAGAACCAUUGGGUCAUCAAGCCCGAAAACUCGCUCGUGUGGCACAAGGAGGUCUUGGGCUGGAUUAACAAAUAUGUUGGUCUCGAUACUACGGGGUUGGCAGGCGACACGGAACAAUUAGUCGUCUGA